UGAUUCUGCUUCGUUUAAUACGGUGCGUUUCAUUCCAAAAAUUCCAUUUCCGGCUCCUAUAAAGCCACGUGUUGCCACGUCAGAUAUUUCGCGACGGCUGUUCUUUUCUUUCCUUUUACCUUCCAUUUGGAGAAAAUCAUUUCCCAAAAAUGUGCGGCGACUGUUAAAACGCAUGACUCUCUGCCGUUUACGUAUAUAUUCUUUCCUCCUCGUCCUCCAAAAAAUCGUCGAAUCGCUUCUUAUUCUCCACCUGUCGGAGAAACAUUGGAGGGGAGAGAUGGAAGGCGACGAGAAGGUGAAAAACGACGCGUUGCAGAUAAUCGGGCAAUACGAGGACUUGCCUCGCUUGGUCGUCUUCGAUCUCGAUUACACUCUAUGGCCUUUUUACUGUGACUGCUACUAUGAAGACGAUACGCCAUAUCUGUAUCCACAAGCUAAAGGUAUAUUAGAAGCGUUGAAGGAGAAAGGUAUUGAGGUUGCUAUUGCUUCAAGAUCGCCAACUUCUCAGAUUGCCAAAUCGUUUCUUGCCAAAUUGGGAAUUAACUCCAUGUUUGUAGCUCAGGAAAUUUUCUCCAGCUGGACUCAUAAAACUGAACAUUUUCAGAGGAUCCAUAGGAAGACUGGAGUGCCUUUCAGUUCAAUGCUCUUCUUUGAUGAUGAGGAUAGGAACAUCCAAGCUACAUCAAAAAUGGGUGUAACUAGUAUCUUAGUUGGCAAUGGGGUGAAUCUUGGAGCUUUGAGGCAAGGACUAUCAGAAUUUUCUAGAAAGUCCGGAUCGUCUAGCAGAAGUUAGAAGGGUUUGUUUUUUGUUGAUUAGAGAAAUAUACCCUGUUCUAGUUUUGAAUCAGAUUGAUUGAUGGAGUUUGUGUUGAUAUUAACUUAGGAAGCAAACUGGAUAUUUUAAGCUUAUCAUACCAAGUUAUUCAUUGAUCUCAAAUUUUAAUUUCUUACAAUUUUCAAUAAAUAAUGCUGUGAAGGAGAUUUUGUUGCUAUGAUGUUUAGAACUUAAGAAGCAAACUGGAUAUUCUGAGGGGGUAAUAUGAUUCGUUGAUGAUUUUAAGA